UUUUACCUCCGCGCUUCCUCGAAGUUGAUAAGAAUGGUGUCCGUAACGCGGCUGGCUGUUGAAGGGUAGACAAAGUGACUUCGAAAGCUCCACCCAACUCUGCAAGAACGACCAAAACAUUUCAUGGAAGACACCGGCCCACACCUCCCAGAAAAAACAAUUACUGGAAUGCUGGACAGUGAGUCCCCUGCCAUGGAGAGCAACGGGGAUGCUUUUCUUCCUGAACUUCCUGUUCUAGACCAAGCUGGUGGUGACUGGUCCAUGAGCCAUGUUGCUCCAGAACCACCCACAACCACCUUGCCCGAGGAAUCUGACACAUCUCAGGAUGUUCAGCAACCAGCUCUGGAAAUGAAUUCUGUGGAGAAGGCUGUGGAGCAAUUUCAACUUGCCAGUGCUCAGCUUUUCCAAGAGGUUCAGCCAUCACAGCCCACAGAAGAAGCAGCAGCACGGCCAUCAGAAUACAACGCAGAAGCUAUGGACUCAGAGCAACCCAGUCAGGAGAUGAGUGUAGAGCCCGAUGCUGCUGUACAAGAUCUGACUGAGGCACCACAAGCUACAGAGGACGGCAUGGAGCUGGAAGAACAAUCCAAAGAGACAACAGAUGAAUCAACAGUUCCUGCAGAGCCACAGCUGCCCAGUGAAUUUGACAAACUCUUUAAAGGUUGUGAGGAGAGCCCAGAGGACUUCAAUGGUUGGGUGUACCUGCUGCAGUAUGUGGAGCAAGAGAAUGUCCUUACAGCUGUAAGAAAAGCAUUUGAUGUAUUCCUGCUUCGCUAUCCAUAUUGCUAUGGCUAUUGGAAGAAGUAUGCUGAUAUAGAGAAAAAGCAUGUCAAUGUACAGGUUGCAGAAGAGGUGUACAGAAGAGGUUUGCAGGCAAUCCCUCUCAGCGUGGACCUGUGGCUGCACUACCUGACCUUCAUUAAGGAGAACUCUGACCCUAAUGACUCGGACACUGAGGGACACAUUCGAGCUGCCUAUGAACAGUCGGUGCUUGCAGCAGGCACAGAUUUCCGCUCGGACCGUCUGUGGGAGUCAUUCAUCAACUGGGAGACAGAGCAGCAGAAGCUGGCAAACGUCACUGCCAUCUAUGAUCGCGUCUUAGGAAUCCCAACCCAGCUAUACUCCCAGCACUUUCAGAAGUUCAAAGAUCAUGUACAGAACAACAACCCCAAACACUUUCUCUCAGAGGAUGAGUUUGUUCGACUGAGACUUGAGCUCUCUAAAGCCAGCCUUUUGUCAAUGGUCAGCAAUGAAGACGAGACACCUGCUGUCCAGGAGGAGCUACCACCGGGAAUAGAGGAUCUUACAGAUCCUGCUAAGAGAGUGACGGAGAUCGAGAACAUGCGCCACAAAGUGAUUGAGGUUCGGCAGGAAGUAUUCAACCACAACGAACACGAAGUCAGCAAGCGCUGGGCCUUUGAGGAAGGGAUUAAAAGACCAUACUUCCACGUCAAAGCCUUGGAGAAGACCCAGCUAAGCAACUGGACGGAGUACCUGGACUUUGAGGUUGAAAAUGGGACUCCGGAGCGUGUGGUUGUUCUUUUUGAACGCUGCCUGAUUGCCUGUGCUCUCUACGAGGAGUUCUGGACCAAGUAUGCAAAAUAUCUAGAGAGCUACAGCACUGAAUGCGUGAGACAUGUCUACAAGAAGGCGUGCACCAUCCAUUUGCCCAAAAAACCAGCCAUCCACCUGCUUUGGGCAGCCUUUGAGGAGCAGCAAGGCAAUGCCGAGGAAGCUCGAGAAAUCCUGAAGUCCUUGGAGGUGGCGGUCCCAGGUCUAGCUAUGGUGCGCCUUCGGAGGGUCAGUCUGGAGCGUCGCCAUGGUAACUUGGAGGAAGCAGAGGUGCUGUUACGGGAGGCCAUGGAGUCUGCAAAGAAUACCACUGAGACAUCGUUCUACGCUGUGAAGCUGGCAAGGCAUCUGAUGAAGGUGCAGAAAAGUGUGAGCAAAGCAAGAACGGUGCUGCUGGAUGCUAUCGAAAAAGACCAGGCAAGUCCAAAACUGUACCUGAACCUGCUUGAGCUGGAGUUUGGUGGGGAUGUGACGCAGAAUGAGGCGGAGAUCUUGGCUUGUUUCAACCGGGCACUAAACAGCCAGAUGCCCCUUGAAUCCCGCCUCGUCUUUGCGCAACGCAAAGUCGAGUUCCUUGAAGACUUUGGCAGUGACAUCAAUGUGCUUGUGGCUGCAUAUGAUGAACAGCAGAAACUUCUGAAAGAAAGCGAACCCACAAAGAGGAAAGCUGAGAAUGGUUAUGACAGUUCCCAGGAACCUGAUGCUAAGAGACAGCGUGCGGAAGAUGAUUCUGGUGCAACAACUGCAACGACAGACGCGCAGGCAAACAACUCUGCAUACAAUUAUAACUGGUACCAGCAACCAUACGCCAGCUGGGGACAGAACUCCUGGGGGCAGUACAAUCAAUAUGCCCAGUAUAACCAGUACUACCCUCCUCCUCCUACAUGAUUGAUAGAAUGCUGACAUGAAGAUGGAGACUUGGAGGAAAUCAUCCUUUCUCACCUGCCUACAUUUCUGAGCAGAGCUUCUUUACAGGGUGUCAUAGAUACUUCAAUACAGCCACAGAAAACAAGCUGAUUUGUUCCUUCUUUCUGGUGUAGAGUGUGUUCAUCAGUUAAAUUACAAUAUGUAGCCAUUGUAUGAGUACAAUAGCAUUGGCCAUUUAUGGCAGGCCCGUUGAAUUGUCAUGUUUAAAUAAAGAUAAGUUGCUAGUUCAUUAUCUCCAACAGCAGUUUUUUGGGAGGUGGGUGGUAGUGUUCCUAAUGCAUGUUAUGUUUGAAGGCAGUUGUUUUUUCCCCUGUGAUCAAAGCUUGUUUUUUUGGAUUGGAUGGCUUGGUUUGGUCUCUUUCUUUGUGUUACAGAUUUGAACUUGUAAAGGAGGUGUUAAUUAAUGUACCUCAAAGUCAUGUUUCUCCUUCCCAGCUGAAAGAUUUUUAAUAUUUCAUUGUUUCCAUAAAAAGAAAUGAAGAUUUCCUUGUUUUUGUUUUUUAUUUUGACUUGAUUUCAUAAUAAAGAUUGAUAUCCUUGA